GAGCUUUUGAUAGCACUGCUAGCGAAGAUAUAACUGUUACAAUAGCAGUAACUGAUGUAAAUGAUGAAGCACCUGCUAUUACAUCCCCUACCUCUGUUACUUUGUUAACAAAUACAGCUAAAGACACUGUGGUGUACACUGUAACGUCAACCGACGCUGACACUGUUGGAACGGUAACUUACUCUAUAACUAGUGGGAGCGACAACGGUAUCUUCAGUAUUAACUCUACAACAGGACAGAUCACGCUUAAUACUACACUGAACAUUGACGAUGUUAAACAUGAUCUUGAUAUUCAAGCCAGCGAUGGUAUCCAAACCAUUACACAGAAAGUUAGAUUUUACCUGAGCAAUGUUUUCUGGCAAACACCGACAGAUGGCCAGAUGGAUAACAUCCCUAAAAACACCACGCGGAAUACAUUGUUGUUAACGAUGAAUGCUGAUAACGCAGUUAUCUAUUCGUUUGAGGUUGACCCUGAUACUGAGGCACAUAAAUUCCGUAUAACGUCUAAUGAAUUAUCUCUAGAAGAAGAAUUGGAUUAUGAAACAACGAAAUCAUACGCAUUUACCUUAAGGGCAACUGGAACUCAGGGUACGACAGAGAUAGCUUAUAUCAUCAAUGUGAUAGAUGUUAACGUUGUAAGUCCCGAGUUUGCUGACACAACUGUUCCACUUGAUCUUACAAAGGACACGGAAAGAGGUUUUAGAUCUGACACGUGCAAGUGUAUUACGUGCAAUAAAGAGAAAUGCUCUUUUACAAUGACAAUAGUUCUCGGGAUAGUAUGUGUCGUUCUGAUUGGCUAUGGUACUGGUGUAUCCAUAUUGUACAAAAGAAAUAUCAAUAAGAAAGGUACAAGAUCAAAUUCCAGAUAUGGAGCCAAAACUAGAAAUGACAAUAAAGGAAAUACUACUGAUGUAACAGGGGAACAAGAUUAUGAAAAUAAUGCUGCAGAAGCUGACGAGGACACUUCUAAACAAUAUACUGAGCUGACACAUUAUUCUAACGAUACUGCCACAUAUGAACCGUUACGUGUUUAGAUAAGAUAGAUGUAGCUUCUUUUAAUCAUUUGUCAAAAUCUAUGUAUGAAAGUGUUAUGAAAACUGUUUGGGCUGAAGGGUAUUUUAGCAUACAAAGUAUAAUAUUUUAUACAUAUAAUGAACGAAGUAUAAAAAAAUAUAACACCGUGCUGUAUUUAAGGCUUGAGAGAGGGGCAUAUUACCUUUCAGACACUUAAAAUAAAAUCCCAACAUAUCACAGAGGUCAUGAAAAUGCCCAACACAAAAAUGUAAUAAAUUUGUAGUUCUCCAAUGGCCCACUAGAUUUUCAUGAUAUUUUUGUUGAUAACCUGCUUUAAAAUAUGAGCGUCAUAUUGAUUAAAACUAAAUUUAUCUCAUGAAAUAUGUUUGCAUAUUUUUCUAUAUUUUACUUUUUAUUUAAAUAUUAUCGUCUUUGUUUAUAUCAAUGGGAUGAUUUUACGCGACAUUAUAUGAGAUGAUUCCCGACAUUCUCAAAGUUGAUGUGUAUAUUAUUAUCAUGUUUUGAUACAAAAUAUUCAGAGAAAUAUAAAAUUGUAUUUUUUUCUCUGAGUUGAAUAUUACAUCAUGCAGGCACUUGUGUCUAUCAAACAAGAGUGACCCUUUAAAACAUUGAAAAUAUAUCAAAGAAAAAAAAAACACACUACAUAAUAGCAGAGUGUUUUACAAUUUUGGUAUUAAUUAUUUUUUUACAGUUAAAAUAUGAAAAUAAAUGGGCAAUUCUGUUAACUAGAUUUGAUUCAAGCACAAGUGGCUAUGCUAGAAUGAUACGAAAAGCUUUGUAAGAUUGCAUUAUGAUUUUUGCAGGCAUAUAAAGUGUAACAGUCUUUUUCAACAUACAUAUUGUCGUCAAUCAAUCAAACUUUCAAAAUUGGCCAUAAUGCAAAAUUGACAUAAAGGUUGAGAGGCGUCCUUUAAAAAAGGCGAUGGGUGCAUUGAUGGGUGAAUUGAUAAAGAAUGCAAUCCAAACAUAUUUUUAAUAAUGUAAUAAGUUAACUUGUUUUUUCAAUGUAUCAUAUAUAGUGUAAUUUAUACUUUCCCUUUGAAGUUGUUAAUCUGGGCGACAUGAUCUUAAAUAAUCAUAACAUGCUCCUAUUCAUUGACCCAGUUUUAUAUGAGAAUGAUUGAUCAGUCUUUUAAUACGACUUACAAUUACAAAUGACCAUAGGAAAGAUUACACUCGUUCAAAGCAACCACUUAACAUAUAUAUCGUACUUGUCAAGCUUUGCAUUUUAACAAAUUAAUGCCUUUCUAAUACUUCCAUAUGAUAACUUCGAGAGGUUGCAAAAUAGCAAAAAAGGUUUUAAAAAAGUUUAAAGAAAAAGCAUACAAUUUCCGUACCAACACGUGUACGACUUAAUAUCGUCAGCACUGUAAAUAUUUUCCAAUUUAAAAAUGUCCAUUUAAGAAGAGAAUUCAAUUUCAUUUCAAUUGAAAUGUUGCCUAUGGCAUAGUCUAUGAUCUGGAAUUAAAUUGGAAAAUCGCGUGUCUUUAGAUAGUAUGAUAAGUAAAUUCGUCAAUAUUGUUUCCAAACAAAAUGUUACAUCCAUAACACAGAAUUGAAGAGUUCCAUUUUGAAUGGGUUAAUCACACUUUAUGUAAUAACGGAAAAAUAUAAAUUUCCAUUUCUGCUUAUUAUAAAUGUUACAAAAUAUUAGAAUGAUGUGAGCACUUCAUAAGAUAUAAAGAUAUGAAGCAACACAGAUGUUCUGAUUUUUUUUGCAGUUUUAAAAAUACCUUUUCCGUUAAUCACGGUUUGUUUUGAUUCGGGAUUAUAGCCUAGUACAUUGUAUACAUAUUAAGCAAAUGGAUGUAGAAUCUUGUGUUCUCAUGAACAUACAAAAUGACAUAGUCUAUUUUAUUUGACUCUAGGUAUCUUCCCGUUCCCAGAAUUUUAUGACAGACAAUGCUAUAUUACUGUCAUUUAAGUUGUGUAUAAAUGCUCAUCUGAUAUGUCCAAAAUAUAGUGUUUAUGUACAUUAUUCAGGAGGACAUCGACACGGACAGACAUAAUCAUUAUAUCUAUAUAUUCGCCAGCUUCUUUACUUCUUAUCACUCAUAUUCUUUUAUUGUCAAUUAAAUUGAUUAAAUAUAUUGUAGCACACGCAUAGUAAUUGUACAAACACGUAUUAAUAUAUCACGAUGAAAUUGAAAUGUUGGUACAGAUAAUCACGAUAUAUGAAUCAGUCAAAAAAAAAGGUUACAGUGCACAUAUCAAGCAAAUUUUUUUGUAUUUGUUCAUCACAAAUUAUAGACUGUUUGAAAAUAUUUCUUAUAAGUGAGACUUUAAGCUUGUUACAUCUCUACAACAUCAUUGUCAUUUUUGAUAUUCAGAAAGAUGGCAUUAAGAAACAUUUCGAUUUGCUCUAAGAUGGAUGCGAACGUCUCUAAUUACAACAAUAGCAUAAUUUAUCUUAUAUCUUUUAAAGUAUAUUUUAUAUCAUUAAUUUAAAAUGUUAGGAAUUCUCUUCUUGGUUUGAAGUGAAUGCAUUUCAAUAUAAGUACAAGAAAAGCAUUGAUGCAAAGCAUCAAAGGGCGUCCAAGCAAGAAAUGCAGCAAGUGAAUAUGAACUAGUAGACAUUUGAUGACAAGAUAUUCUUAUAAACUUUUAAUGGUUAAUUGGUUUUUACCAGAAUUGUUUAUCACUUAUGAAUGAGCGGACGAAAAACAUUGUUCAUUAUUAACUUCGGUAGGCAUGCUAGAGAUUAGAUUAUAACUUGUUUUUUUUUCACAGGAACUUGAAAUUUUAUCAAUAUUAACGAAAAUAUCCAAAAUAUACAGGUCAAUGAUAUUCAAAAUGUACUUCCCCAUAUGGUAUAAAUCUAUUUAUACUAUAUAAGGGGUAUUUUUGGAUAUAAUCAUUAAUAUUGGUGAUUUGAUAGAAUUUCAAGUUCAUGUGGUAUUGUCUUUGGAACAUACAAAAUAGUAGUCAAAAUCAAUAGUUCUUUUACAUUUUUGAAAUAAUAAAAUACAUAUAUAAUAUUAUAUUAUAAUAAUUUUUUUUUUGGUCAUAAAUGUAAUAUCGUGAUUAUUUAUAGCAACGGAUAUAUACAAUCAUUUAAUAUCCAUUUGUGUAAGGCAUGAUCAACACCACACUUGUGUAUUGUCCCUUAUUAUGUUAUCGCUAUUAGCGAAGACCCCCUCUUAAGGUAUCUGUUCACACUUAGUAACAAUAUGACACUGGUUAUAUUACUAUGUUGAUCAUGUUGAGCAUAAUUGUUUUAUUAUACAAUAAUUGUAAUAUAUAGUUUAAUAUUUUCUUACAUAUUUUAUGAAUAUUGUUUUCUUUUUCUUUUUUUUUGUGUGUUUUAUGUGCUAUUUCAAUACUGAGUUUUUACGUUUACUAUUUUUUUUAUUAAAAUUGUAAAAUAAAUUGUAAGAAUUCAUUUGUCAUAUUGACCGACGAUUAGAAGUCAAAAAUUAACUGGAAAAAGUCAGUAAAUUAUGGUUAAUCUCUCAAUUUAUUAUAUUGUUUAUUCUUAAACUAUGUACAUGUACAUUUGUAUUUUUCUUUAUCAUUUUUUAAAUUUUAAAUAUCAAUCAAUUGAAUAAUUCGUAAAAUUUAAUUUGUUACUUAGAAUAAUUCCUCAGCAUCUUUACUAGACACGAAUUACAAAUUAAAUAAAAUGUUUCAAAGUUGAUGGUGUCAUAUAAAUACCAUAAAAAUGUACCACUUUACUCAAUUAUUGUACAUAUUUAUUGUUUUUAUCUCAUAUAAAUAAAAUAAAACAUGC